ACAAUUAAAUUGAGGAAAACUCGUGAUAACCAUUUAAAAUACAUGUGCUAUAUUCACUUUCGUGCACGUACAGAAUAAUUCGUUGUACGCAAAACCGGUUGUUUAGGAUACGUGGCUAUUUAAAUUACAUGGAAAGUAACUGAGUACGUAGACGAGACUAAGUGGAGUGAGAUGGCGGGGGCGACGCUGAGAGAAUGUAUGAAUGAAACAGUGUAAGAGGGAGUAAGAGAGUGAUAGGUAUCAUCAUCAUAAGCACCAGCAGCAGUAGUCUAUUCACAUAUCGCGCGCACCCCCGUCUUGCCACUAGAGUACAAUCUCCGUCACUGUCUUCCCUUUCCCGUCGACGGGAAAUUUGUCAAGACAGCGUCAGCGUCUUUAUGGCAAGGGUGCUACUAUGGAGCCAGACCUUAUUCAAACUGCCCCCUGUAUUGUAAAAGAUGAAGAAUACGGACCGCAACUAAAAGUUUUGAAAAAUACUAACAAUAUCAAAGAACUGCAGACGUUUUUACGCGAUAAGACGACAGCCAGAAGUGAUUUUAUAUUCUAUGCAGAUAGAUUGAUUCGUCUGGUUGUUGAAGAAGGUCUUAACCAACUUCCUUACCAAAAAUUUACAGUAACCACCCCAACAGGUUACGAGUACCAUGGGUUGAAGUAUGAAAAGGGAAACUGUGGAGUCAGUAUUAUCAGAAGUGGCGAAGCCAUGGAACAAGGUCUACAGAACUGCUGUGGUCCAAUACGCAUAGGAAAGAUAUUGAUACAGAGCGAUGCAGAUACUCAUGAAGCAAAGGUGCUUUACUCCAAUUUUCCACCAGAGUUCAGCAGUCGGAAAGUAUUAUUGAUGUACCCUAUUAUGAGUACUGGUAACACAGUGACAAAAGCAAUGAAUGUUUUAAAGAAUCACAGAGUUAAAGAACAGAAUGUGAUCUUGUUAAAUCUCUUUUGUACACCACGAUCUGUCAAAUCACUUAUCAACUCAUUCCCUGGUAUCACCAUAGUAACCACAGAAGUUCACCCAGUAGCACCAAAUCACUUUGGACAGAAAUAUUUUGGCACUGAAUGAACCAAAGGCCAAUGC